AGAAAGACGCGAAUUGUCAAGGAUUUUUAAUUGUGUGAUUAAUAAACAAAGCUUUGUUUCUCUCGUUUUUCCGUAACGUAGAUGUCCGUAGUGCCUCUAAUGUUCCGUGACUGGUGGGAUGAGCUUGAAUUUCCAAUGCGCACCUCGCGCCUCUUGGAUCAACACUUUGGCCAGGGCCUGAAGCGUGACGAUCUCAUGUCAUCCGUGUGGAACUCACGCCCCACAGUUCUCCGGUCUGGUUACCUGCGUCCCUGGCAGCGAUCGGCCAACAGUCUGCAGAAGCAGGAAUCCGGAUCCACGCUAAACAUUGACAGUGAGAAGUUCGAGGUUAUCCUGGAUGUGCAACAGUUCUCGCCCAAUGAGAUAUCUGUCAAAGUAGCCGACAGAUUUGUCAUCGUCGAGGGCAAACACGAGGAGAAACAGGAUGAGCACGGUUUCAUUUCCCGUCAGUUCUCCAGACGCUAUCAACUGCCCAGUGAUGUCAAUCCAGAUUCCGUUACCUCAUCGCUGUCCUCGGAUGGCCUGUUGACCAUUACGGCGCCCAUGAAGAAACUGCCCCCGCCCCAAACCGAGCGUCUAGUGCAAAUCACACAGACUGGCCCCUCCUCCAAGGAGGAUAAUGCCAAGAAAGUGGAAACCACAACGCCCUAAAUGCCACAGAAUCUUUGCCCAAGAAACUGAAUUUUUUAUACCCAUAUGAGAAUUAGUUAUUAGUAUAAAUGUCUUAUAAUAUUGGCCUUUUUUAAUUUUAAUUUAAAUUAAACAAAGGAAGCAAAUAUACCCUUUAAUUGUUAA